ACAAAGCGUUUAUUUUGACAUUUUAUUUCUGACUGACAUUUCUGAGCUGAGUGCCUGUGAGUGAAUUCUCAAUACAAGUAAUCUUGUUUUUUUCGUGAAAUUCAUUCAAAGAAUAGUAUUAAAAUGGAAGAUAUCGGUCUAGUUCUGCCUGAAAAAGAUGACCAGACCGUCGAUACCAAAACGCUUUCCGGCCCUCAGUCUUUCGAAGAACUCGAAUCUGAAGAUUUAUAUACAAAAUACAAGAAACUACAGCGCAUGUUAGAAUUCUUGGAAGUGCAAGAGGAAUACAUUAAAGAUGAACAGCGGAAUUUGAAGAAAGAAUACCUUCACGCACAAGAGGAGGUAAAGAGGAUACAGUCGGUCCCGUUGGUGAUUGGCCAGUUUUUGGAGGCUGUCGACCAGAACACAGGAAUUGUUGGCAGUACCACGGGGUCGAACUAUUACGUUCGUAUCUUGUCUACCAUAGACCGCGAGCUGCUCAAGCCUUCGGCGUCGGUGGCCCUGCACAAACAUUCUAAUGCCCUGGUCGAUGUACUGCCUCCGGAAGCAGACAGCUCCAUAUCUAUGCUUCAAGCAGAUGAGAAACCCGAUGUCCAAUACUCAGACAUUGGAGGCAUGGACACGCAGAAACAGGAGAUCAGGGAGGCGGUGGAGCUGCCUCUGACCCAUGUUGAGUUGUACAGACAGAUCGGUAUCGAACCUCCGCGUGGAGUGCUCAUGUAUGGUCCCCCAGGCUGCGGCAAGACUAUGCUGGCUAAAGCGGUGGCACAUCAUACUACUGCUGCCUUCAUCCGCGUGGUGGGCUCGGAGUUCGUCCAGAAGUACCUGGGCGAGGGCCCGCGCAUGGUGCGCGACGUGUUCCGCCUCGCCAAGGAGAACAGCCCCGCCAUUAUCUUCAUCGACGAGAUUGACGCUAUCGCCACCAAACGGUUUGAUGCCCAAACUGGUGCCGACAGAGAAGUCCAGCGAAUCCUGCUGGAACUCCUCAAUCAAAUGGACGGUUUCGAUCAGACGACUAAUGUUAAGGUGAUAAUGGCCACCAAUCGUGCUGAUACGCUUGACCCUGCUCUACUACGGCCGGGCCGCUUAGACAGGAAAAUCGAGUUCCCUCUGCCUGACAGGCGUCAAAAGCGUUUAAUCUUCUCGACGAUCACGGCCAAAAUGAACCUGUCCGAGGAAGUAGAUCUAGAAGAGUUUGUGGCGCGCCCCGACCGCGUCUCCGGCGCAGACAUCAACGCCAUCUGUCAGGAAGCUGGUAUGCAUGCCGUGCGGGAAAACAGGUAUAUCGUGCUACCGAAAGAUUUCGAAAAGGGCUACAAAAAUAAUAUCAAGAAGGACGAAAGCGAAUAUGAGUUUUACAAAUAAGUUUUUCUCAUACUAUUAUAUUAUUGUAUUUCUGAAUUAAAUUGUAAACUAUAAAUUUA